CUGUUCACCAAUAUAAACAAAGUUUGCGCUGUUCGAUUGGUAGUUGUCGAGCUGUAGAAAAAGACGGACAUAUAAUUCUUUUGAAAGUGAAAUACGUUUAUAUUUUCGACAGAAUUUUCUUCUAUAUUAUAAAGACAGAUGAGUUUUUUCCAUUAAAGUUUGUUAGUAGAAAACAUUCAAAUAAAAACCACUCUGGUUCCGUCAUUUCAAUUAGUUUCCGCAGGAUAAUUCGUCUCGAGCAUAUUUUCUUCCCCGUUUCUUUUUUGGGAGGCGAGCCGGGGCCGGGGCCGGGCAAACCUGGUUUCACUUCACUCUCCACGGCAAACGAGUCGGUCGAGUCAUUCACAUUCGCACCGACGGCUAACCAGUCGCAGCCAAAAUGGCAGAAGGUCGGGAAAACGAGAAAAAGAAAAUUAACAUCACAGUCAAAACCACGAAGGAAAAACAAGCUCUCGAGGUUGAAGAGGACGCUACGAUAAUGGACUUUAAAGAAAUUGUAUCCAAAGUGUUUAAAGCCCAAGUAGAGCAAGUUUGCCUGAUAUUCGCUGGGAAAAUUAUGAAAGAUCAUGAAACAUUAGCCACUCAUAAUAUAAAAGAUGGUGUUGUUGUCCAUUUAGUCAUAAGAACUUCCAGUCAGUCACAAAGUAAUCCAACUAGUUCACCAACACCCAACAGGCCUGCAGAAAGUGAAAAUCAAAGUGCAAACAACCCGUUUUUGGCUGGGCUCGCAGGACUCCCUGGGUUUGGAAUGGGUUUAAAUUCAGGGAGUCUAUUUGAAAUGCAGCAAAGGAUGCAGAGGGAAUUCAAUUCAAAUCCAGAAACCUUUAGGCAAAUAAUGAACAACCCACUUGUGCAACAGCUUAUGAGUGAUCCUAACAACAUGCGACAGCUUAUUAUGGCAAAUCCACAAAUGCAGGAAUUGAUCGAGAGAAACCCUGAGGUCAAUCAUAUGUUGAAUAACCCUGAAUUGUUGAGGCAAACUAUGGAGCUCGCUAGAAACCCUUCAAUGCUUCAAGAACUGAUGAGGACUCAAGAUCGGGCCAUGUCAAAUUUGGAAUCUAUACCAGGGGGUUACAACGCAUUGCAAAGGAUGUAUAGAGAUAUUCAAGAACCAAUGCUUAAUGCAGCAACUGAACAGUUUGGGGCGAACCCAUUUGCGAGUCUAGUUACAGGAAAUAGCUCAGAUGCAGCCAAUAAUCCUCAACAAGGACAAGAGAAUGUGGAACCUUUGCCAAAUCCGUGGUCAACAAAUUCAAGGAACUCAGGAGGAGGGACCACAAAUACAAAUACUUCUGGGACUACAGGGACAGGCGGCACAGGCACCACAACACCAGGGUCAGGGGCCAACCCUCCUGGUGCUGGGUUGUUUACAUCUACAGGGAUGCAGUCCCUUAUGCAGCAAAUGAUGGAUAACCCCCAGCUAAUGCAAGAUCUAAUGUCAUCCCCGUACAUCCAGACUAUAAUUCAGUCUAUGGUGGCUGAUCCAACAAGAGCACAAAAUAUAUUCUCUCAAAAUCCUCUGUUUGCAAAUAAUCCUCAAUUGCAAGCGAGGAUGAGGGAUAUGAUGCCACAUCUUAUGAAUCAACUGCAAAAUCCUGAAGUGCAGAAUCUAUUUUCAAAUCCACAAGCUCUUCGCGCUAUACAACAAAUUCAGCAAGGGAUGGAACAAUUACAAGCAGCUGCACCACAGUUUGCAAACUCAAUGGGGUUAAGUGGUGGUAUCGGAGCAACUCCACCACCCGCUGGAACAAACGAGACCAAUAACCAAACUCAGCAACAACAACAGCAGUUUUAUUUAAACCAACUUGCUAGUUCUAUUUCAAGAGUGACUGCCCAAAACAGCAACCAGCCUCCUGAAGAAAGGUAUAGAUCACAAUUGGAACAAUUAACAGCAAUGGGAUUUGUCAACCAUGAAGCAAACAUACAAGCACUUAUCGCUACAUUCGGUGACGUGAAUGCGGCGGUCGAAAGGCUACUGGGAAGUGGUCAACUGACACCUCAAAGUUAACAUUCCACCGUGUGUGACACUGUUGUUUAAUUGUGAGAUAAGUGAAGAAAAAGAGGAAGGACGUUUUGUGCCACUAGCCACAAUAUUCCAGGAAUUAUUCACCACCUUACAAUUAUAUAUCAUAAAUUAUAUAUAACUAUUUAACUAUUCAUUUCAUACAUAUGUAACAAUGUGAAAUUUGCUCCCAGUACAAAUUUCUUUUAUGUAUAUUUCCUUUUUUUUUUCUUAUAAUUUUCCCUCUGUAAUAAAGACACAGCUAAAGGGCCUAGCUGGUGGCAUGAGGUGUAUUGUUUUUUGUUUACAAAGAACAAGUAAACGUGUUUUAGUGUUGUUUUUUCCUGUUCUUGUUAUUUAAAUAAAAAGAGAAUGGAUAAUAUUAAAUAUUUAAACAAAUUUAGAGACAAAUAAAUUAUUCUCCCUAUUGUAUAAGUCGGUAUAUUGUUUUCAACUGAAACUCUAGUAAAGAAACAGAUUUUUAUCAUAUAUUUUCACAAUAUUUAGUAAAUAGAUUUAUUUGAUACAAUCCUCUAAAGAAAAUGCUUUCAUCUUUUUUUUUUCAAUGUUCUCAUUUUAGGAAAAUGAUUAAUGAUUUUAAAGGUAAACAGUUGAAACAAGGUAUUUAGAUCUGUUGAGCACAUGAAAAAUGAAUUUAUGGAUUUUUAUGUGUUGGAAUAAUGCUCUGUAAUAACAAUAUGCAAUAGACCACCUAUCGUAAAAGCUAGAAAUUCCAUUUUUGAAAUAUAAUGCUGUCCAAAUUGAGUUAUACAAUAAUAUAUAAUGCUGUAAUGGUCA